UUCAUUCAUAUUUUGUGCAAGUAUUCGAGGCGCCACCGCGGAAGGUAUAAUUCUCGCGCUCGCACAACCUACAUCAGUCGUAGUCUGUUAGCUUCCGUGGAGAGCUCGCACCUCACAGAUUAAACUCAGAUAAAAAUGUUUUUAACCAUCACCUUAAUCGUAUCGGCAGUUGCAGCCAUUUAUCUCUACGUCACAUGGAACUAUAAUUACUGGAGGAAACGAGAUGUUCCCGGCCCAAACCCAGUACUCGGCCUUGGAAACUUCCCUUCGUUUCUACUGAUGAAGCGGCCGAUUGUAGAUGAGAUGGACGAUAUUUACCGAGAAUACAAAGUAAAGUACAAUUUUGUCGGUGUAUUCAGCACACGAACGCCGAGAAUUUUGAUCACAUCAUCGGAGCUGGCUAAAGAUGUUCUGAUGAAAAAUUUCAAGAGUUUUCAUGACAAUGAAUUCAGUGACAUGACAAGCAAAGAUAACGAUCCGUUAUUGGGGCGUAACCCAUUCUUGCUGAACGGCGAUGAGUGGAAAGCAAAACGCGCCGAAAUCACACCCGCGUUUACUACGUCUCGAAUAAAGGCGCUUUUCCCAUUAAUUGAGGACGUGUGCUCCAGAAUGACCAACUAUUUGAAACAGAACCGUGGAUCAAUCAUGGAUACAAAGGAGCUAUCGGCAAAGUUUACUACCGAUGUUGUUUCGAGUUGCAUUUUUGCUUGUGAUGCACAGUCAUUCACCGGUGAAAACCCUGAAAUACGCGAAAAAGGGCGAAAACUCAUAGACCAAUCAUUUUCUUCAUUUCUGGUUAUUAUAUUUAUUUCCACUUUCCCUAAAUUGUCAAAAAUUCUGAACAUAAGUGUUAUUCCUAAAUCGUUGGAAUCUUUUUUCACCAAUUUGAUGAUUGAAGCCAUCCAACAUCGUGAUACAAGUAGUACAAAGCGAGCUGAUUAUCUGGACUACCUUAUCAGUUUGAGGAAAAAGAAGGAAAUAUCCGAACUAGAUAUGGCUGCGCACGGAGUAACUUUCUUCAUCGAUGGGUUCGAAACAUCAAGCGUUGCAAUUUCCUUUAUGUUGUAUGAAAUUGCGAAGAACUCUGGAGUUCAAAAACGGUUGAGAGAGGAACUAUCCAAUGUCAAGACCGAAGGAGAAGCAGUAUCUUAUGAUUCUCUGCUUGAACAUGCUUACCUGGAUCAGGUCGUUAAUGAAGGCCUUCGAAUGUGGCCACCAGCAGGUUUUAUGUCUAAAAAAUGUACAGAGCCGAUGGAGCUACCGCUAACGGGAGAUCGAAAUAUUUCCAUCGGAGAAGAAAUCUGUGCUAUUAUUAGCAUCUGGUCGUUGCAUCGUGAUCCGGAGUACUAUGAUGAUCCACUGACCUUCAAUCCCGAUCGAUUCAGUCCGGAAACGGGGGGAACUAGUCCAUAUCGUGAGAAGGGCUGUUUCAUUCCGUUCGGAGAUGGACCUCGUCAAUGCCUGGGAAUGCGUUUUGCCCGUAUGCAGGUUAAGCGGUGUCUGUAUGAGUUGGUUACGAAUUUCGAAAUCACGGUCAACCCCAAAACGAAGGAACCCUUACAGCUGGACCCAAAACAAUUCCUUACCGCGCCAUUAGGUGGCAUUUGGUUAGAUUUUGAGCCAGUUUCAAAGUAAAAUAAUUUCUUGGUAUAAUAGGGUUACUGUUCUGGAGAUUUGCAAUACGCCUAAUCAUCCUAUUUAAAUUAAAAGGAUAACUUGCACUUGUCUCUUAUUUUUGUAUUUUGUUGCGUUGGUAAGCAUGCAUGUUAGCAAAUAGAGCCGACGAUAUUCGAAUGUAUGAUUAUUACAGUUAUUCCCAUUAUUGUAUACGGCACCUACAACAACGAAAAAUACAAAUAAUUUUGUAAAUAUUUUUUGACAAUACCUACUAAUAACAAUUUUUUACUUAUCAUUUGUUUAUGCAUGUUAUCAAAUAUACUUUACUGACUAAUAAAAAACUGGGGAACUAAAUCACGACACAAUUGGGUUUUUCAAUUUUGUAAA